AUGGCUGCGACUGGCCUGCUCUCGUCCAUCACAGCAUUUCUGACACUGCCUCUCCGCAUUGCAGGCUACGAGUGGAACCGCUCCUCGCCGCUGCGCUCGUCCCCGGAUACAGCAUCCCCCAUGUACCCCGAUCGCCCCAUCCGUCCUCUGCCUAAACGCCGUCUGCGAGACCGCAUGUCCCCCGAGCAGGCUGAGGCCAUCGUGUACCCGCCUAAUCCGCCGUCCACAGGCCCGCUCUUCAAUUUCCCCUACUCCUCUGGGGAGCGGGGGAACAGGGCUCUAAGGCAGGGCGAGAGUGACCACCAUGCCUGCCACUGUGGCCACAACCAUUCCGAGGUGGAGAGCGAGGAUGAGGAAGACGAGCGUGGAGCGCCAAUGCCCUCCUCGCCCAGCUACCACUACAGCCGCAAUGUGCCUGGAAGGCCCGUGGCAGGCGGAGCGGGUGCAUAUCCCAAACCAGGCUCAACUGCGUCUUCUAUAGACGGAUACGAGUCGUUCGAGAACACCAACAACAAGAAGAAGCGCAAGAUACCGAACAUGGGCGGCUCGAGCACGCAUCACACGAGUCUCUCGGCGGAAAUGGCAAGCAUGGGGAUUUCGCACCACCACGACGCGGCGGCACUCGACGACGGAGAUGGGCCAGGCCGCUACUACGGGUCCGCACCCUCGACACCCCAGCACAGCGCCUCGGGGACGGGCAUAUCCGGCGCCGGUAGAGGCAGAUUCGGGCGAUCUGGCUCUGGGCGGUCGGAGCGGCGCGUGUUGGGCACCUCGACCAACCUCGUCAACGCCAAAGCGAGCAGCAAACGGUCUCCAGACCAAGCCGGCAUCAUCUCGACGGCAAUUGCGAACGCACAAGCAACGCCUGCGCAAGUCGGCAACGAAAACGUGAGCCUGCUGCAGCAGGAAGCAUCCAAGAGCAGCGCCAACAAAACCCAGUUCACCUUCACCUGCGGCUCCGACUCGGCGAACAAAAUGGUUUGGCCAGGCCAGGAAAACGGCGGCUAUCCGCAGCCCCCCGGCGCAUACCCGGCCGGAGCACCUCCGCCAGCGCAGGCUGCCCGCGCCCGCCCACCUGUGCGUCCCGACGCCCCGAUGGUGGCGACGCAGGGCACGCAGACGAGCCCCAACAUCAACGGCGCCCAUCCGCCUGGAAGCAAGAACGCGCCCCCGCAGAAGGGCGCUCAACCGAGCCAGCAGGCACCCCCGCCGCGGAAGCCGCGACGCAGCGCAUCAAAGCUCUACGCGAUUGCCGCCCGCAAGCGACGCAUCCAGCAAGAGUACGCCAACUUCCACAAUCCCCCGAAUCCGCCGUGGAUUUGCGAGUUCUGCGAGUACGAGGACAUCUUUGGGAGGCCGCCCGAGGCAUUGAUCCGGCAGUACGAGAUCAAGGACCGGAAGGAGCGAAAGCGGCUGGCUGAGAAGCGGCGGCUGUUGGAAAAGGCUAGGAUGAAGGGACGGAAGGGAAAGAAGGCCAGCAAGAAGGCUCAGAACAACGCGAACGCCCAGCACAAUCAGAACCCUCCCCCCGGGGGCUACGACCGACGUGCGGAUGACGGACCCUUGGACGGACAGGACGACGAAUACUAUGACGACGAGUACGACGACCUCCCCGCUCAAGCCCCCGCCCCCGCUGGCCCCUGCUCCCAUCCAGGCUGCCACCAUCACCACCACAAGAUGACAGGCAUGCCGCCUGGUGAUCCUCGCCAGGCCGUGGCCAAUGGCGCGUAG